AUGGCGGAUGGUGGAGAGGUGUUGAUGAGAAGAGGGGGAGAGCGGCACAACACGACCAGGUUCGUCAAGGGCACCAACGCGAAGAAACCGCCGAAUUUCGAAGGCACCGGGGUCAUCGCCCUUUUUAAGCAUCCGCUGUCUAUCUUCUUGAUUUGUGUUCCUUUCGGCAUCGUGUCCUACUUCUGCUCGUGGGAUCCGGCGUACACCUUCUGGUUAAACUUCUUCGCGAUGCUUCCAAUGGCGAAAAUUCUGGGAGACAUCACCGAGGAGUUGGCGGCCGGUCUCCGGAACGACCUUCUGGCUGGCCUCAUCAACGCCACCUUCGGGAACGCUGUGGAGAUGGUCAUCACGGUGCAGACGCUUCGUGGUGGACUCUACGCUGUGGUCAAGGCUACGCUCCUAGGCUCCGUCCUGUCCAACGUGCUGCUUGUCCUGGGCAUGUCAUUCCUCUUUGGUGGACUAGUCAACGUGGAUUCCAAGGCAGAGCAGGCAAAGGCGAAGAGCGACUCCAAGGAUGCCGCCGAUCUGGAGAAGGAAGCAUCCGGGGGUUUCAGCAUGGUGGCUGAGAAGGUGCAGACCUUCAAGAUCCUGGGAGCCAUGGUGAACACAUCCAUGCUCUUGCUCUCGUGCUUAUCAUUCACGUUGGUGACCGUUUUCGGCACGAUGCUGGAAGACCACUACGACAUGGACCGCCAGGAAUUGGAAGAUGUCAUGCUUCCAAUAUCGCGGACAUGCUCCAUUAUCAUCAUCUCCGCCUAUGUCGCGUAUAUUGUUUUCCAGCUGUUCACGCAUCGAACUGUCAUGGCCGAAAGCGGCGGUGACGAUGAGGAGGAGGAGGAGGGCUCCAUAUCAGUGACCACUGCUGCUGUACUCCUUUUUGUCAUGACGGCAGUUGUGGCUUAUUGUUCCGAGCUACUCGUAGAUUCGAUUGAGAGCAUGACGUCACGUGCACACAUGGGUGAGCACUUCAUCGGCAUCAUCCUGUUGCCCAUCGUUGGCAACGCAUGCGAGCACGCCGCAGCCGUUCGCUUUGCCAUGCAGGACAAACCUGGACUGUCGAUUGGCAUCGCAGUUGGCUCUUCCACGCAAAUAGCUCUCUUCGUCGUUCCCUUCUCCGUUUUAGUCGGCUGGGCCAUCGACAAGCCGAUGGACCUGAACUUCGGUGCCCUCAACGUCACCGUGAUGACGCUCAGUGUCAUUGUCGUGCUUUCCAUGGUGGUUGAUGGCCAGUCCAACUGGCUGCAAGGCUACCUGCUCUGUGCGGCGUAUGCAGUGAUAGCUGUUUUGCUGCAGCCUUAUGAACUGAACUGGGAGAUACUGGCUCAGGCGUCUCACGCCCAUUCCAAGGCGGAAGACGGAGCACAGAGACGCAGUGCAUCGACAGACCUCCCCGAGAACUGCAGCCUGCGAAUGCCUACCUUGCAAAAUUCUGCUGUUGCCACAGAGAUGCCCUGUGUGGCCAUCUCCGUGUCUAUCGGAGUUGCCUCUCUGGAAAAGUCUAACCAGUGUCAACGCCGAGCUCCCAGCUUCCUAGGUCUUUCUAAGGAGGAGAAGGACAAGACGCAGAACGAGAAGAAGAAGAAGAAGAAGAAGAAGAAGAAGAAGAAGAAGAAGAAGAAGAAGAAGAAGAAGAAGAAGAAGAAGAAGAAGAAGAAGAAGAAGGUGCUGGUCGUGACGGCGGAGCACCCCAGAGUUCGCCGUGCACUCUACGCAGAAUCUAUGCUGAGGAACGACGAGUUCGAAGUAUGUUCUUGCGACACGAAGUGCUUAAGUUGUUUGGUCAUGAACGCUUUUAUGGGUGACCAAGACGCCUGGCACCGAUGGCGGCAGUGGCUCCAGAGCUGGUCGCUAGGAGGAUCCCAUGAGCGCCUCGAAGAGAUCGUUGCGGACACGUGUCCGCAGCUUGACGGCUCUGUUGAGGAGCGUCAUGCCGAGGCGCUAGAAGCGCUGCUCGGGGAGGAGCGUUGCCCCUUUGUGGCUGCCUUCUUCUCGAGCUCGUCACCGCUCUCCCAGUCUACAAAGCUAGCCCUGACAGAGCAAAGGCUCGCAAGCUCCUUUCCGAGCUUGAGGUACGUCCGAGUCGAAACUGAGCAGAUGAGCAUUCGUACCUUUCUGCAGUGGGACAUCAACUACCUCCCCACUUACGUACUGUUCUGGCCGCAGAACUCAUCAAGCCCUUGGCAGAGGUGGCAGUCUGGCAGGCAUGCCAAUCCAUACGACUACGAGGAUGUCUCGGCGUGGAUUGUGCAGACCACAGGACUCUGGCCACGGAACAGCUCCCGGGCGUCGGCGGACCCCGUCCCUCCGCGGGGUCGCGGGAACCCCAACGCCUCUUUCGGCGCGCUCUCCGCCGGCUGGGCUCUAGUGGCCAUCGCUGUGCUGCACAGACUCCUCAAUCGGAUGCCGCUGUGA